AUGUCCAAGCAAAAACAACUCACACUUGAAGAGUGUUGGUCUAAGGAUAAGCAAAAAAAUAUUGACAAAAAUAGUCAAACGGAUGAUAUCUUAACUGAUAUUUGUCCAUGGUAUUUUUUUCAUGCGAAGCAAGGCUCUACUGAUAUCAAAAAUGGGCUUUUCCGCAACCAAUGUACCGGCGAAAUUCUACUUCCUGGUAUAGAUCGAAUACCAAAAACUUUUUGGAUUUGUAUGACUGGGGAACAGGUCAAAAUUUUUUCGAAAAUUGAGGAUAUGAAGAAAGAGGAGGAAGAGGAAGAAGUGGUCAAUGAGACUAUUAUUGACUCUGGUGCUUCAUCACCAAUACACAACUGGACCAACGACGAGACACCAGCAAGUCCGGCUCCAAGCCCUGAUGUGCCAAUGUAUUAUAUUUGA